AUGUUUUACGAUCUCAACGUGCCGUACGGCCCAGACGAUCCCGAGAUCUCUCCAACUUUAAGCUUUCUUGCAGAACUCGGUUACACGACGAUCGCCCUUUCGCAAACCCUCAACGGAAAGCUUCCUUCAAAUCCUACUUCCCCACCGGUUCCCACCAAUGUUCCCAAGGGCCUGACGCUACUCUCCCGCGUGAACUUACCACUCUCCGACCCCACGCAAAACCAGCGACUUACCAGCCUCACCCAGGCGUAUGAUCUAGUAGCGAUCCGCCCUGCCAAUGAAAAGGCCCUGCUGAAUGCGUGCACCAAUCUGGAAUGCGACGUGAUUUCCUUAGAUCUCUCCGUGCGGCAGCCAUACCACUUCAAGUUUAAAAUGCUCUCUGCCGCUAUCGCACGAGGAAUUCGCUUUGAAAUCUGCUACGGACCGGGCGUCACGGGGAGCGGCGCCGACGCCCGGCGCAACCUCAUCGGUAAUGCUAUGUCACUGAUCCGCGCAACACGCGGAAGAGGAAUCAUUAUCUCCAGUGAGGCCAGGAAGGCUCUGGGUGUCCGGGCACCAUGGGAUGUGAUUAAUCUGGCAUGCGUCUGGGGCCUGUCACAAGAGCGCGGCAAGGAGGCUAUUUGCGAGGAGGCGAGAAAAACGGUUGCGCUGGCGAAGUUGAAGCGCACGAGCUGGCGUGGAAUUAUUGAUGUCAUUGACGGUGGAGAAAAGCCAAAGCCGAAGACCGACAAGUCUGCGUCUAAACAAAAAGGCGCAGCGUCCAAGCAAAACGACACCCCUCAAUCCGAGAGCAACAGCGACACUCUCAAGAGGAAAGCAUCUGUAGUGGAGACCGAAAAGCCGCUCUCGAAACGGGAGAUGAAGCGCAGAGCUAAGAAAGCUCGGCUGGGAGUGGUCGAUGACGAAGACAGUGCGACAACGCCCGCCAAUAGCUAA